UUCCUCCUGUUCUUUAUCAGAACCCCCGAAAUAAGUAGGCAUGGGCAGUGGCUGUUCACAUCCAGCACACCUUUUCCAUUUGCUAAGAAGGCCCUGCCAGGCUGGGAGGGAGUUUGUCCCUGCCUGACUCUGGAGAGAAGAGCCACUGUGACGAUCCACAGGCACCAUGAAACUGCUUCAAGGGACCGUACUUUGUCUUCUUCUGUCCAGUCUUUGUAGCGGUGUGGACGACGCAGAAGUCAAAGAUACAACCACUCCUGUAUUAUCAUCAACUUCUGCAACAAAACCAUCUGUACCAACAUCAGACACAACGUCAUCACCAAAUGUUGCAGAGAAAUCAACAGUUGAAAUAUCUACUAAAGGAGCUACCAGCAAGGAACCCUUAGAAACAUCUCUGCUGUCAACACUGUCUUCAGUAACCACAGCAGUUAGUGGUGAAGGAUCUACAGCCAAAGGUGUCACGAAGACUGAGUUCAUCACUACAAGAGAAACAGUGACAAGUCUUCCACUUCCAAAUGCUAUUUCAACAUUACAAAGUUCCCAAUCCAAGACUGAGAUUCAGAGUUCAAUCAAAGCCACAGAAACACCAGUUAACACUCUACAACCAGAUGCAUCACCUUCCAGAAUCCCUACAUUAUCCUCAAUAUCAGUAACAAUUCUGGAAAACAUCUCCCAGUCUCAAGGCACUGAGAACGCAAAAAAUGCAAGCUCUUCUUCAACCAACCCCUCUUAUUCCAGUAUUAUUUUGCCUGUGGUUAUUGCUUUGAUUGCAAUAACACUUUCAGUCUUUGCUUUGGUGGGUUUGUAUCGAAUGUGCUGGAAGACAGACCCAGGCACACCUGAAAAUGGAAAUGACCAACCUCAGUCCGAUAAAGAGAGUGUGAAGCUUCUCACUGUUAAGACAAUUUCUCAUGAGUCUGGUGAACACUCUGCACAAGGAAAAACCAAGAACUGACAGCUUGAUGGAUCCUCUCCACACCUGGGCAAUAAAUAUGCUUACUCUUCAGCUUCUGUGCUCCAGAGGUAGAAAGGGAGAAAGCCCUGUGGAUUCAAUCCUGACUUCCAACCCUGCUCGCCAGUGUGCACCAGUCACCUGUCCCAAUAAAGUGAUGUCCAGAUGACACGCAAUAAUAGAAGAGAAUCGGAAACCAUCCUCGGCCUCUCCUGUCCUUUAAGAUGUGAAAAAACACAUUACCACAUUUUAUAGGAACAUUCCUAGGGGAGGGAAUUUUAGGAGGGGCGUCUGUGAGCAGGUAACCUGACAGCCCAGGCAGGUGGCUUCACUGAUGAAAUGACUGUCCCUUGAGUUUAAAGUUUUCAGAACUAACAUUUCUUAUCCACAGAGACUUUCCUACUUUCUCAGUGUUCUUUUGUUACCUAACGUUUGUAUUUAUUGUUUUCCACUAUGUUAAUGCAGGGAACAUUUGCAAGUGUAUUAUUAAAUAUUGGGUCGAAAUCCUGCCAUGCCACUUUGUACAUAAAGAUAUUUUAUUCAUGC